UCCUGUCCCCUAAAGGACCUGAAGAGGCCAAACUCGUGUGUGAACACAUCCAGUGCGGCGGACUGAAGAAGAUCCCUCGGUUGGGGCAGAUGCCUGCACGUGACUUCCAGAGGUCGGCGAAGAUGAAGCUGAGCUGUCCAAGAGACGAGGGGAAGGUGGACAACCUGUGGCAGUGUGCGGUUCCGGUCUCCAAGCCCUGCCAGUACCCAGCAUCCGUCAUCUGCUCAGAGCACGAGAGGCUGCAGCUUAAAGGGAACAAGACCAGCUGUAACGGGCAGCUGCAGGAGGAGAAGGGCGGCACGUGGGUGGUGGUGAACAACAACAAGAACAGUCCGGACGACAGGUGUCGACAGAUGCACUGCGGCACCGCUGUCAACAUCACACAGGAGAAGAACAGUCUGCGGCUCAAGUGCACAGACAGAGUCCGGGUAGUUCUGAUGGAUCAGGACAAAGAGAGCCGCUGCUACGGAGCCGUUCGUGUUCAGAUCAACAGCUCCAGCAGCGCCGUGUGUGGAACCACCUGGACGAAGAAGGAGGCCGAGGUGGUCUGCAGGGAGCUCGAGUGUGGGACG